AUGGUAAACUGGAAAUCCAGUGAAAGUAUUAAUCGCUUCAUUGCAGCUAUCAUUGCUGCUCACCUGGGAAACAAUAUUGAUUACAAUGCCGUUGCUGCUAUGUUUGGCCAGGGUGCGACCUAUGACUCAAUUAAGGGGCGAUGUCGCAAGUACCAUAAUCUGGCAGACGAGCUAAGGGCCGACGCAGCAAAACAAGGCAAAUCAAUUGCUGGGACUCCCCGUGGCCGUGGAAAGACCAGUACUUCUCGAACCACUCGUGAGACUCAGAACAGAGUCACCAAAUCGCUAUCUGCUUCCUCAACAAAAGACAAAACUAGGGCCGUCAGCCAUCUAGAUACACCUACCAAGCAGGGAUCUCAAAGUCAAAUUGGAGAUAUUCAGAUGAAAGAUAACAGCACCAGUACCAGCGCGAGUAGUAUUGGUAUAAGUGUGAAGCGUGAGCCCCUGGACAUCAUCCAAAGCAUAGAAGAAGCAGAGUUUGAGCCUUCCCCUGCUGGCAACGUGGGCUCUUUUGUUGGAGUAGUCAUCCCAACCAAAGGCGAGGUGACCGCUGUAAACAAGGGAAAGAAAACCACUCGGUACCGCAGAUCGCAAGCACCUCCCUAUGACUCUGAGUCCGAUGAGUACGUCGAUUCCCGGAAGAACUCCCCAAGCUCUGGCAGAGGCCGAGCCCGUACUCGCCAUCCGCGUACAGCCUCAGCUACUGCUAAGUACGCUGGACAUAACUUUGGCUUUUCUGAUGAGGAACACGCUUAG